AUGGCAUAUUAUAAGGAAUUAAUAAAUUUAAAAAAUAAGGUAAAUGCAUGUUUAAAAGAUGAAGAUCAUUUAGCAGACGAAUCAUUAUUUCAACAUUUUCAGUAUGAGUUACCUAAAGAGGAUCAAAGAGAACUUUUACGAGCAAAAUGCUCCACAAUCAAGGAAGCAUUAAGUCUUUUUGAAACAUUUGAACAAAUAGAAACUGUAUUCCAAAAUAAGAAAUUUAAGUCAAACGAAUACACAAAAAAACCUUAUUGCAAGAUGCAUAAAACCUCAUCCUAUAACAAUGAACAAUGUUAUGCACAGAAUAAGUCUAAUAAGAAAGGAUUUAAUUAUCAAACCAGAUAUUACAAAAAUUGA